AUGUCUGACAACAAUAUCAGGAGACUUCCACAUUCAUUGGUUUCCAUUAAACCUGAAGAACUUGACACUGGAAACUGUAGACAGCUUGAGUCGUUGUCUGAGCUCCAGAUGUCACUCAAGAUACUACGUGCACAGAAUUGCAAAUCACUCAAGAGUAUAUCUCACUCUUUUCGAAACCCGGAAACCAUUCUCCAUUUCAUUAACUGCUUCAAAUUAGACCAAGAAUCUCUCAUACGUAGCUCGGUUUUCAAGUACAUGAUCCUACCUGGUGGAGAAGUGCCCGAGUUUUUCACUCACCGAGCUACUGGAAGUUACUUGAUGAUCCCUUUGCUUCAGAGCUCUAUCUAUGGAUCUUCUUUACCAUUUAAGGCUUGCGUUAUGUUGACACUGAUGCAACUAAGCCCACUUGGUUCAAAAGUAUUAUCCGGUAAUUCUUCAGCCAGAUUGAACUAUGACGCAGUGGAAAUAAAGUUUGGUUGGGAUAUUUGUGAAAUAAAGGAAUGUGGUAUACAACUCUUCUCUGAUAACCCGCCGGGUGAUGCAAAUUUACAUUGUGACCAGAACGAUGGAGACACUGAGAUGUGCAGGAAGCAAAUUCUUAUGUGGAAUUCUGUUGGGUUUUAUCAGAUUGCAAAACUCAGCAUGAUUGAUGUAUCUUGCUUGCUGGAAGUUGUGUUCGAUAAGAUCAGUCUCGUAACAUCUUUUGUUGCUGUGUGUGGAGUACUGCUUUACAACAAUACUAUGUACAUUAUCCUCAGUGAAAGUAUUCACUUAGUUCAUUCAACCUAUUGGGUCAUACUGAUCCAGCUCAGGCUGCAACGUUGUUAUUAG